ACACCACCGCCGAGCUGUCAGGCACGCCUUGUCAAUUGUCAUUCAUUCAGUACUUCGUACGCACGAGCGUAGUGUCGCGAGAGAGAAUAUAAUUGAUUUUCGUCGUGUUUAAUCACAGUAACAAUGUUGUAUUAGUGUCGUAUAGUGUAUAAGAGGAGUGAACAAUAUGGCUUAUGAUAUAACGUGGAUUAUCCCGCGGCUGCGAAGCCCGGGACGGUUGUGGACGUGUGCGAGCUCUAUAACCGUGGCUGUUGUCGGACUAUUCAGCAAAUUUAUCGUAGAGUUCCUGAACAAAACUACAGUAUACAAUAAGGAACAGCUUACGGCGGCUAUGAAGAGGCCUCCGGGAGUGCCUCUCAUCACAGUGUCCAACCACCACUCGUGCUUCGACGACCCUGGCCUCUGGGGCGUGUUAGACGCAGGCACGCUAGCCGGUUCCAUGGGUCGCCGCAUGCGAUGGUCACUCGCAGCACACGACAUCUGCUUCACGAACGCUCUGCACGCCGCCUUCUUCGCGCUCGGCAAGUGUGUGCCGGUCGAGCGAGGGGCGGGGGUCUAUCAGCCCGCGAUCGACUUCUGCAUCGAGCGGCUGACGAGAGGCGAGUGGGUGCAUAUUUUUCCUGAGGGGCGAGUCAACGUCAGCAAGGAGCACAUCAGAUUCAAAUGGGGUGUGGGGCGAAUGAUAGCGGAGUGCGCGGCGGCGGGGCGCGCGCCGCUCGUGCUGCCGAUCUGGCACGAGGGCAUGGACGCCGUGCUGCCCAACACCGAGCCCUACCGCCUGCGGGCCGGCAACCGGGUGUGGCUCGCCGUGGGCCAGCCCGUGCCGCUCGCUAACCUACUGGCCAGGUUAAAAGAAUCAAACGCGAGUGAAGAAGAGACGCGGCGAGCGAUCACUGAACGCGUUCAAAAUGAGCUGAUCCGACUGCGGAUGAAAACGCACGAAACGCUUAAGCGGGCGCUCGGCGUCGCGCCGGCGCUGCUGGCUGGCAGAACGGACGUCCUAACGCAGCCGACAGACACGCACGGCGACGGCGAGUACGCACACAACCACACCAACGGGAAAGAGAGGGAGACAGAAAGAGAAAAAGACAAGGACAUCUAGUUCCUUUACCAUAAGUGUACCGUGUAUGGAUUCUGUGGCUAUCGGGUCCUGCGAGAAAGGUAUCAUGCGAGUUUCUCGCCUUAACCCUUUAUAAGGCAUAAGGGUGUGAGGAAUUAUGCAAAAUUGAACCCUAUCACUUUGAAAUAAAGUUCAAAAUCGGGUGGGAAAUAUAUUUCCUACAAGGCAGCUUUACCUAUUGUAAAACCAAGCUCCACCAAGGCCAUUUUCAUGGUAUGAGUUUCUCGCCUAGAUCUUAAAGACUAAACUGACAGGAAACCUAAAGGCCUGUGCACACCGGACGCGUGUGUGUAGACGCGCCUUGUAAUAUACAGAUCUUUAUUGGAGAUGGCAUACCGCUUGCGUGAUGUGUGUGUGCACGGCUCUAACAUUUUAGCGUUGCACGUCUACGCACACGCCGAUUUAAGCUUUAUUCCACAGUAAUAAAAUCCAUUGGCGGUGUUAUGAGUGUUGCUGAUUGGGUUUGUCAAAUGAUUUUUUGCCUCAAAGAAACUUGUAUCAAGUAAAUGAGUCUUUAAAGUGAUAAUGGUGAAAGAAAAUCUCCGCAGACUCGGAAAUGCCUGUGGACUUUUGUCGCUCGAAAGGUUGGAAACGAUACGAUAAUGGAGCAUGAUUAAAUAUGCGAAAUAUUUCGAACCAAAAUAUGCAAUGAACAAAGGGAACUGCAAUAUUAUUAACGAUAAUAUAGUACGUAGAACGCUCCAUUACACAACAAUAGUAUGAUUUUUUUGACAAAAUGAGCGACAAACGACCAUAUUAGCGCGAUGCCUUCGAUAAAACGGACUUUGACAGUAUUAUUAUUUUAACAGCAAAGUGUAAGAAAAAGUGCCUCGAAUUUGACAGGAACUAACCUUAUCAAAGGUGAUCAAAUCAAGCAAAAAUUUAUGUCACAAAUACUUAAAAAUUCCAUAAGGCCCACUUGCACCAUUCCACUGACCCGGGGUUAACCGGUUAAACCAGGAGUUGUCAUGGUAGGCCAUACAAUUUGAAACUAGGUUAAUAGUUUAACCGCUUAACCCCGGGUUAGUGAAAUGGUGCAAGUGGGCCUAAGUAUUUUUAGUAAAGUAAUAGUGAUAUACUGUCAAGGUACUGUAACGAAUCCUAUAAAAAACUAAACAGUAGUAUUUAACCAUAUCAAUUUUGUAUGGCAUCGCGCGACUAAGAUAAUUUUGUACGAAACUUUACAUUGUUAUACAUUGUAUGCGGUGUCUAAUGAUAUGUAUUGUGUAUUACCAAACAUGGUAAUUGAUAUUACCAUUGAUUCAUAAUUGUCAAGUCAAGAAUUUAUUUUGCAAUGGAUUUAAACUAUAAAUAUUCGUUGAAAAAAAUAUUUUUAUGGGUGGGCAAAGUUGGACUCGUGUGGGCAAAGUUGUGCUUUUAUAUUUUAUAGUAUACUGGCGUUUAGGAAGUACUAUGCCAAUUCUACGCCCUAAUUCAGUAACUUAAAACCAUUGGUGGCUUAACUUUUAUUAAUCAAUGCCAUUACUGUGUACAUAUCAUUAAACGACCGUGCAACCGGAAACGAUGCAAUAGUAGACGUUAUGUUAAGUAUUAUUAGGUAGGAAAUCGCUCGGGACGGGCCGUGCGAAGGCGUCGGUGCUGUUACCAAGUGCUUAGAGUACAGUCAGCAGCAUAAGUAUAGUCAAAGACAAAGUAUAGGUGCGGGCAAAGUUGCCAAAUAUGAGUGACUGAGUGUCUCGACUUUGUUCAAUAUUUUGACAUAUCUAAAAGUUCACCAUCUUAGUGGAGGUGGCUUUUACAAAUUUUAAUGAGACUUUAUUCUUAAAGCAAUAGAGUCGUGUGUAGAUUAUUUUAGGCACUUGUUCCGCACAUCACUUAUGCUGCUGACUGUAUGACUGUUGCAAGAAUUCUCCUUAAGGCUAUUUUGUUAUAAGUACUUGUUUUGCUUACCCGUGAUGUGUAGGACACGCGCCGCGGAAUCUUGUUACUUUGCUCCAAAUAAUUUUAGAAACCUGGGAAUAAAUAUCAAGGGUAUUGAUCAAAUAUGACUAAUGAGUACAUAAUAAAGUACAAUCGUAAAAAUUGGCAAAUAAAGUUGAUAUUUUUUUAUUUAUAUAAAUCAUUUUAAUGAAAAAUUUGAUAGAUACCUGUUUCCUUCUAUAGCCUUUUGCAUAAUUUUAGAAUGUUUAUAUAGUGCAAUAAUAUCUGAUAAUUCUAGGCGGGCAUUAAAUAUAUGGCAAUGGAUUUGAUUACAAAUUCAAUGAAAUGAAAAUAAGCAAUGUUACCCCUUUGGCUAAAGUAAGCUGGGUUAUCGGUAAUAGUGGGCAAAGUUACCCAUUUGGGUUAUCGGUAAUAGUGGGCAAAGUUGCAAUUUUCCCGGCAUCAGCGCCGACGCCGGUGUGUGUGCAUGUGGCGUGUUGUGUCGUGAUCGGUGUGAUCCGUGUGACGUGUCGUAGCCGUAUGCGGCUGCCGUUCUCUAGUCUACAUCAACGAAGUUACUGAUUACAAUCGUUUGUGGCCCGUAUGGUGUUUUGUAUGAUAUACCGGUUUAACUACGAAGCUAAUUCUGCACUGACAGAGGUCAGAGUCACCAUAAACGUCAAAUUACGAUUAAAAAUAUGGCGUUUAUAAUGACAUUUUCACACCUUGUCAUUUUAAAAUCGGUGCAAGGCUUAGACUGCUCAUUCGAUCGCUGUAGAGGUGGGCAAAGUUGUACGUAUUAAAUAAUUUCAUAUUCACUCUCUUCCUUUGCUCUUCAGUUUACAACUUGAUUCUUCAUAUUUAUAUUCAAUUCAUCUCGUCCUUUUAAGUCUUUGAAUUUAAUAAAUUAAAUAUUUUGAUAAAGCUCUCUUAGUCACUUCUAUUGCUAUCGAUCAUAAUUAAAAUAUCAUACAAAACAAAAUCAGGGCCCAAAUAGAGUUUAUAAAAAUACUCUUCGUUCCUUAAUGUCUUUGCUAAAGGCAACAGUAAUAGGGUAAAACGGCGGCCCAUUUCAAGCGCAACAUAUUUUGUAAAACAUUUUUAAACUAUUUUCUACAAAAGUUUACCCACAUAGUGUAGAUACUACACUUAAUAUCAUGUGCAGUUACUGCGAAAAUGUUGAAAAUUUUGUUAUAAUGCCUAUUUUAUUCGACUUAAAUAUGAUAAAAGUCGACAAUAUCUCUGUAUAAGUGUUGUCAACGGCAUUUCAAACACGGCAGCUGACUGUAGGCGGCCUAGCCAAGGUGACGAUCGCUUGCGCUUCGCCAUCGAAACGCUUUGCGUCUCUCUAUCACACUUCCGUAUUAGUGUGACAGUGACAGUUGCGUUUCGUUCGCUACGUAGGGUUAGCGAUUGGCAUGUUGGCUACGGGGCCAGUUUUAUUCAACAUUUUCGCGAGUUGAUUGCAUUAUCGGCCGCCAUAUUGAAUGUCUGCACCAAAGACCUUUUAUAACCAAUUAUAUCGAACCGUUUUAAAUAUUGUAUUCUACGACGUUUUUUCAAAUUAUUAAAAAAAAUCAUGUAAAUAACGAUUGAUAUGUUUGAAUCUUAUUAAAAUUUUAGACGUAGGGCCUGAAAGUCUAACGGCAUUUCUAUUCGAAUGACACGAAUAAUUGUAUGCCUCGCGAGGCAUUUUUAAGCUUGUAAAGCUCGCAUUUGUUAAGUCGCGUUGAGAACUUGUGCCUCGCGAGGCAAUCGAUGUUCAACUUCUAUGAAUCCGUAUGCCUCGUGACACAUACUUUGUGAGGCAUACUCAGUAAAGUUCAAAUAUGGGUAUGUUUUAGACCGCCUGCAGAGAAAGGCAAAGGCCCUAUGUAUUAGCACUAAUUUAAGAUUCUAUGUUUUAAUAGCGCUAUUGGUUGUUGUUGUAUUUUAAGUACAUAUUAUGUCAGUUAGGUUAGUUUGCCACGGCGCGGCGAGGCUACUAGUUUUUAUUCAGGCAAAAUUGGUGCGCUAAUAACUACGCUUUUUUUUAACUUUGCGAUACGUGAUAAAUAUUGUCUAUUUACUUAAUUUUUUUCAAAGAUUCGAAUUCAAUUUAUAGUUCGUUUUUUAGCAUUAGAAAUAAGGUAAACAAUCUUGAUGUGUCUUUUAAUUGAAAAACACAUUUUAAAAAUAAGUUACGGCAAAUAUGUAACAAUUAUGAAAAAUAAUACGAUCAUUUAUAUCCAUCUCCUUUUUUCAUUUUUAAAAAGCGUUUUUUCAAUUAAAAAACAUGUCAAGAUCGCUUACCUUCUUUCAAGUUCUUUCUAAUGCUAAAAAAAACGAACUAUAGAUAAAUAUUUAAUUAUACAUCGCAAUACCUAUAACAUUAUCCCUAUAUUUGCCCACUCUUAAUACUAUGACAAGAUUGAGUUUGCUUGUAAUUCGAGAUCAGUUUGGCAAAGUGGGCAAAGUUAUCUUAAUUAGAGAUAAAAUUAGUGGGCAAAGUUAUAUUUACGAGCAAAAUUGCACUUAAGAAUCACCAAUGUUGCCAGAAUACAAACUUUAACAAAUAUUGCCGCGCCUUGCUUCCUACGCCAACCAGUCUUCCGACCGCCGGCCGCGGAGCCGGCGCGCACAAGUUUUAGGUUAUAUAAGUGUAAGUGGUAGCCUGUCGGAAUACGCCCGCUGAUAUCGUGAAAAGCAGAUGUAAUAAAAAUCUAAUAUCAUAAUUAAUAUGUGACAUAAUAAAUAUAAUAAUAUAUAAUUGGCAGUUCUAAGUUUAUGGUUGGAACUUCACAAAACACGUUCUUUAACACUUUUCAGUGCCAAGAGCCACAAUUCCAAUACAAAAUGAACGGGUUCUUGGCACUGAAAGUCUUAAGACACACGUUAAACAAGAUCCCCAUUUAUAGGUACUCAGUCAUGUAAUGUGUAUAAAAAAAUGCAAAUUUUAACCAUUGUAUAUUUGCAUAAUUGGGCAAAGUUACCUUAAAGCAAAGUUGGCCGGUGUUAUUUUUGUUGGCCAAUUCGUUCUGUAAAGCCAGUUAGUUAUUUAGCGUACUUUACACAAUGUUAUAAUAUGCACUAGUUAAUCUAAUGCUAUGGUAUGGCACUAUAUUUUUUUUCAAAAUUGACCUAGAUAGAUUGUAAAGUCUGCAGCGAUCUUGAUAGCCCACGCAGUGCAAGUGUCAUUUUAAACGUCAAACAUCUAUGAAAUUAUGACGUAUAAAUAAAUAACACUUACACUGCGUAGGCUGUCAAAUCCGCUGCAGGCUUUUAUUGGUGCGACUAUAAGUUUCUUUGUGAUAUUAUUACAUCUGCUUUUUUCCAUAUUGCCUGAUAUGCCUGAUAUGUCGCUAAAUUGUGUAUUUGUGUGAGUAAAACCAUAAUUAUUAGCGGGCGGCGCGAUUCGGCUGAAAUGGCACUUAGAUUCAUAGUGCCAAUAGGGAAUAUUACGCAAUACUCUUGCGUAGGGGGCGCCACUAGCACAAACAAACGGCCUACCGCAAUACACGAAGGUUCGUUAUUUGCCUCUCCAUCACUCUUGCGUAUUCGAGCGAUAGAGAGGCAGAUAACGAAAUUUUGAUUUUCGCGCUAGGCCCUCUAUAAACAAACCGCCUUGAUGAAUCAAUUUCAUAUUUAAAAAAAAUAUCUAUAGAAACUUGUCAAAUACUGUUUAAGGCAUUGCAAGUUACUCUAUGGUUUACGAUAAGUGCUAGUGCUGCACUCUGGCGGCAGAACAUUGCAGUAAUACCCCCUAUUGAAGAAAGAUAUCGUUCAGCCGAGGCGUGGGCGUCGCUGUUCAAUGCGCUUUUUAUUACUCGUGUAUUUUAUUUCGAAAAUAAAAUUGAUGGACUGGU